GAAAAAAUCAACACCAAAAGGUAAAAAAUCAACAAAUGAUGAUGAUGAUGAUGAUGAUUAUGAACAAAUGGAUGUUGAUAUUCGAAAAGGAAAUGAAACAACAACAACAACAACAACUACAAAUGAAAGUGAUACUAUUCAAACACCACCUAAAAAAACACGAACAAGUGGAAAUAGAAAAACACCAACAUCAAAAACACCUGAAUCAAGUGGAGAAUAUUUACGAAAAUUACGACCACGUAAAUGA